GCUGCGCUCCAGUGCCUUCGCUUCCCCCCUGUGUGUGCGAGCGAGCGGUGAGUUGCUUCUUGUGCCUUUGCGUGACCCCCAUCUGCUUUGCUUCUUCGCGGCCGUUGUGGCAGCACUGAGACUCAGGUUGAAACAGGCACCGAACGCACUCCGUUCCAAGAAAACCACUGUUUCCCCUCCUAUCAAUCAAUCGACAACCAGCCACAGCAAUCAUGACGGACCGUGAGAGCUCGUGGGCGUUGGCACCUGAGCGUGGCCUGGACCAGCUUGAACGGGAGGAGCCCAACGAGUGGGACGGCAUCUACAACGAGGUCCCCACCUUUGAGCCAGACCUCAUGUCCUCGCCAGAGCUGCGCACGCGUGCACGGUCCUCCGGCUACGGCAAGAGCGUGCCUGUGGUGAAGCGCGUUGUGCUCGAGCCCAACGACCUUCGUCCCUGGGAGGAGGUGCCCACCUUCAAGCCCGAGCUGCAGGAGAGCCCCAUCCGCAAGAGUGCCCCAUCGUCCAACUACGGCCGCGCCAUCCCCACCAGGAAGGAGGUGGCCCCCGAGAUUCCCAAAUUCAAACCAGAGAUCCAGCGCUCCCCGUCUGCUCAGCGACAGUUCUCGACCGUCAAGUCGUCUGGCUACGGCCGCGUGUCCGCCGCUGUCUCCCGCCCCUCCUCUGCGCCCUCGCUCAAGUUCCGCCCACAAAUGCCCAAGAGCAAGCUGCGGCAGUCGGUCAAAUCGUCUGGGUACGGGCGCGUGCUGCCUGACGCAAAGCGGCCCUCGUCUGCGCCCCGGCGCUCCAACAGCAUGGACACGUCCACGACGCCGAGCAAGUUUGUGCCGCGCUACUCGCUGCUCAUGGACAGAUCAGACAAGGAGGCUGCAGAGGACGCGAAGAACAAGGAGACGGAGGAGGGCGAGUUUGUGCUUGACGGCCUCUCCUCAGUCAACUCGCGGUCAAAACUCGAGCUCAGCUUCGGCCUCCCUCCAAACCACACCCCAUCCCCAAAACAAAAGGCGCUGCGGGACUCUGCGUCGUCGAGCAAGUACGGGCUUGCGUCGCCGCCGGUUGCGCCCCGCCAAUACAAGGAGCGUGGCCCCGUUGACUUCUCCUUUGACAAGUCCUCGUCCGUGCUCGACCAGCCCCUGGAGCCCUUUGCCACAAAGACGCCACUCGCAGACAAGGUGCGCUCGUCGCAGUACGGCAAGGCGCCGCCACCACGCGGGGAGAAGCCAGCGCCCAAGCAGCCCGAGCCGCGGUGGUCGCUCACCUUCAAGGGCGAGGUCCCACGCGACCCGCCAGCAGCGCCCCGCAACCAGCUCACAGAGAAGGUUGCCUCCCACGGCUACGGCCAGGUUUCGCCCGAGAAGGGCCCUCGCUUCGAGAUGGAGGUGCCCCCACUUUGGAUCCCUUCCAACAACCCCCGCGUCAAGCUGUCAGAGCCAACGCCAGUGCCACGCUCCCGUCUCAACGACUCGGUUCGCAGUCACUACGGCACAGACUAUGACCCAACUUCCCUGUACGCUUUCAACGGGGAGGACGAGUUUGAUGACGAGGCUGAGGAGGGCAUUGACGGGCCGUUUGUGCAGGAGGGCGAGGAGCACGCGCAGGAGAACGGGGACGAAGUUGUUGUGGACGAGGGAGACGAGGAGGAACAGGAGGAGGAGGAGGAGGAACAGGAGGAGUUUGAGGAGUACUAGCCAGCCUGUGCCAUUUGCUUUGGUUAUCGCCACCCACCGCCGUCACCGGUCGCCACCCAUCAAAUCACCUGAACCCACAUCAUCAUCAUCGACAUCAUCAUCGACAUCAUCAUCGACAUCAACAUUAUCGCUUCACCGGCGCCGACAAGCGCAACUUGUGUGCAAACUGGGUGGAAGCGGGAAUGGGAUGGCUCUUGUUCUGCGUCGUGUGCGUGGCGUUGUGUUGUGUAGUGUCUCUUUGGUGUCCUGUUUUUUUUUUUCUUUUCUCUUGGACUGCUUCUUGUCGUUGUUGAUGUUGUUCGUUUUUUUCUCUUUGUGACUGCUACGUAUGCCUCACUUGGUGGGCCUGCCUCCCUCCAUCGUCGUCUUGUUCCAUCCAUGCCUGUUGUUGCUUGUGUCAUGUGUUGUUCGAGCACAACAUGUGGCUUUGACAAUGAAGGAUUGAACCUUUUGAC